AUGACACUUCCCGAAACAGAAGAAAGUCCUGCUCCUGUCGUCCCGACCCAGGGGACACCCCCCACGACGGAGCCUGGUCCACCCGCCCCGGGCCAGGAUGAGCAGGCCGAGACGGUGCCUGAUCCCGGGGACAUCGAAGAGGGCAGAGAUAAAUACCGGCCCGGCGGGUUCCACCCCGUCUACAUCGGGGAGGUGUAUGCGGGCAAAUACCAGGUCAUGAACAAGGUUGGAUAUGGUGUUUACUCGACAGUCUGGCUCGUCAAGGACCUGACAAAACCAGACGGUGAUGAACACAAGUACAUGGCGCUCAAGGUGCUGAGCGCCGAGUGUUACGACGAGAAAAACCCCGUUUUUGAGCGUGAGAUACUCACUCAUCUCCGUGACGGAGACCGGAGCUUGUGGGGUUACCGAUACGUUUGCCACCUUGUCGACGACUUUGAACACCAGGGGCCGAACGGAAACCAUGUCUGUCUUGUGUUUGAGCUCAUGGGAGAGAACCUGAGUAGCUUUGGCACUUUCUUUAAAGAGGAUAUGGUCCCGUACUCGGUGAUGCGCAGGUUUACCCUCCACCUCGUGCUGGCUCUGAGUUAUGCUCACGAACAUAAUGUCAUCCACACAGACAUCAAACCAGACAACAUCUUCGUCAGAUUCCAGGACCGUUCCCGCAUCGAGACAGGCUACCUCGCCAAAGUCCCCGUCCCGCAGCAGGACAGAGCCGAAGCGCGGUACACCCCCGUCCGAUCCACCCCAUUCAACAGCUAUUACUACGGCGAAGCCAAGCUCCCACGGUUUACCGAUCUCGAAAUCGCCCUCGGCGACUGGGGGGUAUCAAGCUGGGCCACGCAGCACCUGACGGAGCGGAUCCAGCCCGUGGCGCUGCGUUCCCCCGAGGUGCUGCUCGAGGCGCCCUGGGACAAGUCGACCGACCUGUGGAACCUGGGCGCCGUCAUUCUCGAGGUGUACCGCGCGGUGCGCAUGUUUGACGGCCGGGGCCCGCCCGACGGACGCUACGAUGCUAGGGUGCACGCGGCGGAGAUGAUAGAGCUGUUCGGCCCCUUUCCCAAGGAGCUGCUGGAUAAGGGGAACCCGGAUAUUGUCCAGAGGAUAUUUAACGACGAAGGGAACCUCAAGGAUGGCCCUGCGGUGCGGAGGGUCCCGCUGGCGUCGGAAGGAUACAUGCCGGGUUUGGAGCAGGAGGCGAGGGAUAGCUUUGCCGACUUUCUGACCACCAUGAUGAAGAUCAACCCGGUGGACCGGCCUACAACGGAUGAGCUGGUGAAGCACUCCUGGAUAGGCGUGAUAAUUAACGGGAAGGGCUGA